AAAGCAUGUUGCUUGCCAUUUAAGGCAGGAACUGUUACAUACAUCUUUUAAUUCUUCCCUCCGAGAAAUUUUGAGGCGCUUGGAAAUGGAAGCAGACUCCAUUAAAUCCAGUCUGUUGGAAACUAAGCAAGAGCCAUCAGUAGAGGAUUGUCAUCGCAAUUCCAGCCAUCACUCUUUAAUUAAUGAAAUUUGGUUGGAAUCCAAGAAGCUCUGGUUAAUUGCUGGCCCUGUAAUCUUUACUUCAAUAUGUUUCUAUUCUAUGGGAGCUGUAACCCAGGCAUUUGCUGGGCACCUUGGAAAUAUCGAACUUGCUGCAGUUACCAUCAAUGAUGCAGUUAUUGGAGGCCUGGCAAUGGGAAUUAUGGUGGGAAUGGGCAGUGCAUUGGAGACGUUAUGUGGGCAGGCAGUUGGAACAGGGGACAUUCAGAUGCUGAGUGUGUAUAUGCAGCGUUCUUGGAUUAUUUCCAUAGCCACAGCAAUUGUACUUACUCCUCUUUAUAUAUUUGCUGGGCUAAUACUCAAGGCAUUUGGACAAUCUGAAGAUAUAUCUCAAGUCACCCAGAAAUUUUGCAUUUGGAUGCUUCCCCAACUCCUUGCAUUUGCAAUUUAUUUCCCAGUCCAGAAGUUUCUUCAGGCGCAGAGCAAAGUGAUGGCCAUGGCAUGGAUCUCUGUAAUAGGCUUGAUCCUCCACAUAUUCCUCUGUUGGAUAUGCAUAGUAAAAUUGGGUUGGGGUUUAGCCGGAGCAGCAGUGAGCCUGAACAUAUCUUGGUGGAUGAUAACAUUGGGGCAGUUGAUAUAUGUAGCAUGCGGUCCAUGUUCAGAUGCCUGGAGAGGAUUGUCCAUGUUAGCCUUCAAAGGUUUGGGGGCUUUUGUUAAACUUUCUAUGGCUUCUGCAGUCAUGCUAUGCUUAGAGAGUUGGUACUUCACAGUCCUUAUUGUUUUAACGGGAAAUUUGAAGAACCCAACUGUUGCAAUAGACUCAAUGUCAAUCUGUAUGACAGUACUGGGAUGGCAAAUUAUGAUACCAAUGGGAUUCAAUGCAGCCAUCAGUGUGAGAGUGUCCAAUGAACUUGGAGCGGGGUGCCCAAAAGCAGCAAAGUUCUCAACAGUGGUUGUGUCCUUUACUUCCAUGGUCAUAGGAAUUCUAUCCAUUGGUGUUAUCUACAUCACCAAAGAUUACUUUGCACUUCUUUUUACAGACAGUCAAGAGGUUAUCAAAGCCUCUUCCAAGUUUUCAACUCUUCUGGCACUAACAAUUCUCUUGUACUCCUUGCAAAUAGUUUUGUCAGGGGUGGCAGUAGGGUCAGGAUGGCAAGCUUUGGUAGCAUAUGUGAACAUAGGCUGCUAUUACAUUGUAGGCAUGCCAUUGGGUUUUGUCUUCGGAUACAAACUUAAUCUUGAGGGACAGGGCAUUUGGACUGGUAUGUUGUUGGGAGUUGUAAUGCAAACCCUUAUUCUCACCAUCAUCACAUAUAGGACAGAUUGGAUAAAAGAGGCCUCUCAAGCUGAAGAUCGAAUAAGAAUUUGGGGAGGUUCAGGAGGACAUGGAAAACAAAAGGAGUAGGAGCAGGAGCAGGAGAAUGGCGAACAUACACCCUUUCACGUUUGAAACGUAGUUUGGUAUGUCAGUUUUGUAAAACCAUCACCAGAAGCAAAAGACUAUAUUGCAUGUAGUUUUAGUAAUGUUAUCUCUUAUGCCUGCCAAAUAUGCUAUGUUGUCUCCAUAAUGUUAUUUGGACAAAAAUUCACAACUGCAUUUAAUUACACAUAUGGAUCCAUAUGUAUUUAUAGUAUUUUAAUAUAUUAAAAUUUGUAAGACU